GGAUUGCGGAAGCAUAAAAAUAUGGCUGAGAUAGAGGCGGAAGCGUUGACGCAAACGGAGGCCAGAGAGGAGGUCGAGGGUGGAGUAUUGAACCGUCAACCCCACAAACUGGAGAGGAAGUGGACCUUUUGGUUCGAUAACCAGUCAAAGGUAAAGCAGGGCGCCGCCUGGGGAUCAUCCCUUCGCAAGGUCUACACCUUCGACACGGUUGAGGAUUUUUGGUGUUUAUAUGAUCAGAUAUUUCGUCCUAGCAAGUUGCCAGCAAAUGCUGAUUUUCAUUGUUUUAAAGCCGGGAUAGAACCUAAAUGGGAGGAUCCUGAAUGUGCGAAUGGGGGGAAAUGGUCUAUUUCAAGUAGCAGAAAGGCCAAUCUUGACAGCAUGUGGUUAGAGACGCUGAUGGCUCUGAUUGGGGAGCAGUUUGAUGACAAUGAGGAGAUUUGUGGUGUUGUUGCGAGUGUACGCCCGAGGCAAGAUAAACUUGCUCUAUGGACUAAGACGGCUAGCAAUGAAGCUGUUCAGAUGAGCAUUGGAAGGAAGUGGAAAGAAAUCGUCGACACUGCCGACAAGAUCUUAUACAGUUACCAUGAUGAUUCUAGAAGAGACAAAUCUAGCAGGGGAGGCCGUUACAGUGUGUAAAAGAUAAAAAGCACUGUUUGUUUGGGACAACUUUCUUACUGCUUUUUAAAAUAACUUUCAUACUCAAAAAAAUUUAAUUCAAGAAAUUUUUCUACUAAAAAAUCGUUUUAGAAAGUAGCAAAAAAGCUGUCCCACUCGCUUAAGCAUUGCUGUGCAACUAAAAUUGUAUUCUGGAUUAUUAUUUUUCUUCAGCAGUCUUGGAUAUUAUGUGGCUAUGAGAUCACAAUUAAAAUGGAAUAUUUUGUUUUUUUCUCUGGAAUAUAUAUAUUUCUUAUUCAAUAUUUA